UACUUAUUUACAGUCAUGGCUCUGUAAAUCUGGGCUCUCUGAUUGGCUUGUGCACCGCUGACCGGUUUAAGGCGUCAUCAGUCUCUCUCUCUCUCUGUGUGCUGCUGGGGCGAGCGAGAUGCCCUUGUGUCAUAAAGCAACCUGAUCUCACUGCAGCAUCAGCAUCAGCAUCAGCAUCAGCAGCUCCAGCGAGACGAUGGACCUCCCGACACACCGCUGCAGCUGCGUGUGUCUGCUGCGUCACGGAUGUGAGGAUUCACACGGGAACCCAGAGCACCUGCGCCCGAGAGCUGCACGCGUGUGCGCUGCAUGCGUGCCCGUUGCCAUGGCGAUAAGUGUGGGCUGAGAGGAUGGAGGCUGCGUGUGGCGGGUCGUCCUCUGACGGGACGGUGGAGCUCUGGGAGGCUCUGGAGUUCAUCAGCGGAUGUGGAGAGGACGAAGGAACACGGCUGGACUCAUUAGAGCUCGCGCAGCACGAUCAGCUGUACACAUGGGCAGCCGUCAGUCAGCCGCCUCCAUCUCUGGAGCAUCUGGAGGGACACCUGAAGAACCUGUGGCCCACGACCAGACCAGGAGCCGAGGACCGGCCCCAACCCAAAUACACCGAGGAUGAGCAUCAGGCCGUCGUCUCGGACCUUAAGAAACAACAGGAGGAAGAAAUCCGGCUAAUUCAGGAGGAGUCGGUGAUAAAGACGGUGCAUCUGAAGCAGGAGCACGUCUGCGUGAUCGAGCAGCUGGAGCAGACCAUCGAAGACCUGCGCAGUAAGAUCGCCGAGCUGGAGAAACAGCAGCCCCUGCUGGAGAGGGAGGUGCUGCUGACGCAGGACCAGGAGUGUGGAGCAGAGGUGCGCCUCCUCCCAGACGUCUGCCAUGUGGACCUGCAGACGGAGAACACUGCGCUGCUGCCGCUGGAGGCCAAAUCGGUGCAGACGUCUCCUAUGGACGAGAGCUUUAGGUUUAAAGUGCCUCCUGUGGAGGCGCAGGGGCCCGGGAGGAGCGACUCCUCACUGCCCUCAGAAAAUGAGACUGCUUCUCAAGCGUUUGUGUGCAUGUGCCAGCAGCAGCCGGGUGCUUCGGUGCCUCCUCCACCACCUCCUCCUCCUCCACCCGGGAUGGGUGCACCUCCUCCUCCACCUCCACUUCCAGGAAUGAGCGCUCUUCCUGCACCUCCUCCUUUCCCAGGCAGUUCAUUUCCUCCGCCGCCGCCUCCUCUCCCGGGAAUGGGUGCACCUCCACCUCCUCUCCCGGGAAUGGGUGCACCUCCUCCACCUCCACCUCCUCUCCCGGGAAUGGGUGCACCUCCUCCUCCUCCACCUCCUCUCCCGGGAAUGGGUGCACCUCCUCCUCUACCAGGUGUAUCUGCACCUCCUCCUCCUCCAGGUCCUCCGCCGUUGGCUCCUGGUCCUCCCCUGGCCUUCGGUUUGGGUUCUCUGCCUCCUCCGCUCCCGCUGGGUCUGUACGCAUUAGGAGCGGCGCAGGAGAAACCUCCUCGCAAAAGCUGGGUGGAGCCGCCGAGACCCAUGAAACCGCUGUACUGGACUCGCAUUCAGCUGCACACCAAAAAGGACUCUCAUUCUGUCGUAUGGGAGGAGAUCGAGGAGCCAUCCGUGGAUUUUGAGGAGUUUGUCGAACUCUUCUCCAAAACAGCAGUGAAAGAGAAGAAGAAGCCUCUUUCAGACACCAUCAGCAGGUCAAAGACCAAGCAGGUGGUGAAGCUGCUGAACACCAAGCGUUCUCAGGCCGUGGGGAUCCUGAUGUCCAGUUUACAUCUCGACAUGAAGGACAUUCAGCACGCGAUCCUGAAUCUGGAUAACACUGUGGUUGAUCUGGAGACGUUACAGGCGCUCUAUGAGAACAGAGCCCAGAAAGACGAGCUGGAGAAAAUCGAGAAACACAUCAAAUCCUCAAAAGACAAAGAAGCAAGCAAACCUCUGGACAAACCUGAGCAGUUUCUCCAUCAGCUCUCCCAGAUUCCUGAUUUCUCCGGACGAGUCUUCUGUAUUCUCUUUCAGUCGACCUUCACUGAAUGCAUCUCGUCUGUUCAGCGCAAACUCCAGAUUCUGCAGAGAGUCUGCAAGGCUCUUCAGAGCGGUUCUGGAGUGCUGCAGGUUCUCGGUUUAGUUUUGGCCUUUGGGAACUUCAUGAACGGAGGGAAUCGCACCAGAGGACAGGCGGAUGGCUUCACGCUGGACAUUCUGCCCAAACUCAAGGAUGUCAAGAGCAGCGACAACAGUAAGAGUCUGCUGUCAUAUAUCGCCUCUUACUACCUGAGACACUUUGAUGAGGACGCGGGCAGGGAGACGUGUGUGUUUCCUCUCCCAGAACCUCACGACCUGUUUCAGUCCUCUCAGAUGAAGUUUGAGGACUUAACUAAAGAUCUGCUGAGACUCCGGAAAGAUCUGAGAGCAUGCACUGCAGAGGUGGAGAAGGUGUGCUCUGUCUCGACUGAAGAGCAUCUGCAGCCCUUUAAAGACCGAAUGGAGGCGUUUGUGAGUGAAGCAAAAGCGGAGCUGGAAAGUCAAGAGAAGCAACUCGGUGACACUCACAAAAUGUUCCUGGAGCUCUGCGUGUUCUUCUCAGUGAAGGCCAAGAGCGGAGAGAAAGAGGUUUCGCUCAACACCUUCUUCUCCGUUUGGCACGAGUUCUCCACCGACUUUAAAGACUACUGGAAGAAGCAGAACAAGAUCAUCCUGCAGGAGAGGCUGAAGGCGGCGGAGGAGAGUUUCCGGCAGGUCAAAGAAAAAGCCACAUACAGCGUCAAACCCAAACACGCGUCUGGAAUCAAAGCAAAGCUGGGCAUGAAGAUCUGAGGCGGAUGUGAACUGACAGACGGACGCUCUUGUGCCGUUUCAUCUGUAAAUCGCUCUCGCAGCAGCUUCGGUGUUAUCUGCCGUACCACACAGGAAGUGAUCCGCCGUCUGAAUGUGAUGUCAUAUCCUGUGUCCUGACGGAUGAACAUAUCAGACGUUUGCUCCACCGUACAUACUGGAGGACGGAAGCAAUAUAAUAAAAAAAAUUUAAAAAAAUAAAUUUUAUUUUUAACAGAUCAGAAAAGGCGCGAGAAUCAGGAUUUCCGAUGCAUCUUCAUUUUAAACAUCGGCACCGUCAGACGCUUUUAAACCAACACUAGUUAGUGCAGUUUAGUCCUGUAGUCUUCAGCCCAGUUAACAUGUUCAAAGCACACUCCAGUUCUACAGGACCUAAAAGAGACACUCCAGUAUGUACAGUAGGAGUCAGAUCAGACAGCGGCGAACGAUCAGGAAUUAACUCAGUGUUUUUGUGAAAUUAUGCAAGAUUGUUUUCUGGUUUUUCUGCAUCCACUCAUUCACUCACUCACUCGAUGUAUUUAAGAGGAUGUUUUUUAAAUUAAUGUAAAUUAUAUUAACAUCUAUAUGUAGCAUUCUGGUUUGUUUUUAGCAUGUGCGUGUCGGAGGUGUGGAUGGGUGUCUGCGCUCCAUGUGCAAUAACUGUUUGUAUCGGAACGUUUUGAGAAGAGUGUAAUUUAUGUAAAAUAAAGGGAUUAAUAAAUUCAGACAUUUUAAUUUA